AUGGAUAGUAGCAUCCACCUGAGUAGUCUGAUCAGUCGGCAUGAUGACGAAGCCACGAGAACAUCGACCUCAGAAGGACUGGAGGAAGGUGAAGUGGAGGGAGAGACACUCCUGAUUGUCGAAUCCGAGGAUCAGGCAUCAGUGGACUUAUCGCACGACCAGAGUGGGGAUUCCCUCAACAGCGAUGAAGGAGACGUGUCGUGGAUGGAGGAGCAGCUGUCCUACUUCUGUGACAAGUGCCAAAAAUGGAUACCAGCCAGUCAGCUGAGGGAACAGCUCAGUUACCUUAAGGGUGAUAAUUUUUUUAGGUUUACUUGUUCGGAUUGCUCAGCAGAUGGCAAGGAGCAGUAUGAAAGGCUGAAGCUGACAUGGCAGCAAGUCGUCAUGUUGGCAAUGUACAACUUGUCUCUGGAAGGAAGUGGACGUCAAGGUUAUUUCAGGUGGAAAGAAGAUAUCUGUGCUUUUAUUGAGAAACAUUGGACUUUUUUACUAGGGAAUAGGAAAAAGACGUCUACCUGGUGGAGCACCGUGGCAGGUUGCCUCAGCGUGGGAAGUCCCAUGUACUUCCGUUCAGGUGCUCAGGAAUUUGGAGAGCCGGGAUGGUGGAAACUUGUUCAUAACAAGCCCCCAACGAUGAAACCUGAAGGAGAGAAGUUGUCUGCCUCUACUUUGAAAAUAAAAGCAGCCUCAAAACCAACUUUAGAUCCCAUCAUUACUGUUGAGGGACUUAGAAAACGAGCAAGUCGGAAUCCUGUGGAAUCUGCCAUGGAAUUAAAAGAGAAAAGGUCUCGAACUCAGGAAGCAAAAGACAUUAGAAGAGCCCAGAAGGAGGCCGCUGGCUUUCUUGACAGGAGCACAUCUUCUACCCCUGUAAAAUUCAUAAGCCGAGGCCGCAGGCCAGAUGUGAUUCUGGAAAAAGGCGAAGUGAUUGACUUUUCCUCCUUGAGCUCCUCUGACCGCACUCCGCUGACAAGCCCAUCUCCUUCUCCUUCUCUGGAUUUCUCUGCCCCUGGUACACCUGCCUCUCAUUCUGCCACACCUAGCUUGCUUUCAGAAGCAGAUCUGAUUCCAGAUGUGAUGCCCCCACAAGCCUUGUUUCAUGAUGAUGAUGAGAUGGAAGGCGAUGGAGUCAUAGACCCAGGGAUGGAGUACGUCCCACCCCCUGCUGGGUCAGUAGCUUCUGGGCCAGUGGUUGGGGGCAGAAAGAAGGUCAGAGGCCCUGAACAGAUAAAGCAGGAGGUAGAGAGUGAGGAGGAAAAACCCGACAGGAUGGAUAUUGACAGUGAAGACACAGAUUCAAACACGUCUUUGCAAACAAGGGCUAGAGAAAAGAGGAAGCCUCAGCUGGAGAAGGACACAAAGCCGAAAGAGCCCAAGUAUACUCCCGUGAGCAUCUACGAGGAAAAGCUGCUGCUCAAGAGGCUGGAAGCUUGUCCCGGUGCUGUUGCCAUGACUCCGGAAGCUCGGAGACUGAAACGCAAACUGAUUGUCAGACAAGCGAAAAGGGAUAGGGGAUUACCACUUUUUGACUUGGAUCAAGUUGUUAAUGCUGCUCUUUUUUUAGUUGAUGGGAUUUAUGGAGCCAAAGAAGGAGGAGUUUCCAGACUUCCAGCUGGACAAGCCACGUACAGAACUACCUGUCAGGACUUCAGAAUCCUUGACCGAUACCAGACUUCCUUGCCGUCCAGGAAGGGAUUUCGACACCAGAUCACCAAGUUUUUGUAUCGCUUGGUGGGAUCAGAAGAUAUGGCUGUGGACCAGAGUAUUGUCAGCCCUUAUACCUCUCGGAUCUUGAAACCUUAUAUCAGGCGUGAUUAUGAAACAAAGCCACCCAAACUGCAGCUCCUGUCACAGAUUCGUUCCCACCUGCACAGGAGCGACCCUCACUGGACGCCGGAGCCCGACGCACCUCUCGAUUACUGUUAUGUGCGGCCAAAUCACAUCCCAACGAUCAACUCCAUGUGUCAGGAGUUUUUUUGGCCUGGCAUUGACCUGUCUGAGUGUCUGCAGUACCCAGACUUCAGUGUUGUUGUUCUUUAUAAAAAAGUCAUCAUUGCCUUUGGCUUCAUGGUUCCUGACGUGAAAUACAAUGAAGCUUACAUUUCAUUUCUGUUUGUCCACCCUGAAUGGAGAAGAGCAGGGAUUGCAACUUUCAUGAUCUAUCAUCUGAUUCAGACCUGCAUGGGCAAGGAUGUAACCCUUCACGUCUCAGCAAGCAACCCCGCUAUGCUACUGUACCAGAAGUUUGGAUUCAAGACUGAAGAAUAUGUAUUAGAUUUCUAUGAUAAAUAUUACCCAUUGGAGAGUACAGAGUGUAAACACGCAUUCUUUCUGAGGCUCCGGCGCUGAUGUGAAUACAGCUCACAGAGAAAUGCAUGCGCUAUUGGAGAACAGGUCUUUGUGGAGAUCUAAAGGCAGUGAUUGAUUUCACAGGGAGCUCUAAUCUUCUCUGUGAUUACAUGGUCCUUCAAACUCCCAACUAAAGUGAGAAAAGCGGCAUGCAGUGAAAUGAGCAGUGAGCAGCCCUUUAGCAAAAUCACCCUCCAGUCCUUCCUGGAGAUGCCUUCAGCCAGCAUCCCAGACUCCACAGUUAAAUGAAUGAUGUCGUGAUUCUCCCUCCACCUGACAGUUUGUAAGAGUGAAAGAGCAUCUAACCUGAUGCUCUUGGAGAGAGAUAACCUGUCUGUUGUAACUUAAAGAAUGAGAAAAUGUGGUGUAGCUAUUAAAGAUUCAUGCAGUCCCAAAAGGCACUGUCCUGUCCUGGGAUGAUGAGAGAUUAUGAGGUGAUUUCAUAAAAGGAAUCCAACCCUGUGCCCGGCCAUUGAUGUGUUGUCAUUGAAUCCAGGAGGAUUUCUAGGGCACUGAAGUUUUGUUGUUUCUUUUGCUGACUUUGGUUACUGUCAGAAAAAAUAAACUAGAUGUUUGUGUCUA